AUGGCCUUUCCGUACAAGAAAAUCAUCAUCCUGGGGGCCACGUCUGGGAUCGGACACACGCUGGCGGAACGAUUAAUCCAGAAGGGUAGCUUUGUUAUCGCGGUUGGUCGUCGCAAGGAAAAUCUUGAUUUGUUUGUGCAGAAGCAUGGCCCCGCGAGGGCCGCGGGUAUCCAGUUUGAUGUACGCAAUCUGGAUGAAGUCCAGCAGUUCGUGGCCGAUGUCACCGCUUCUCACCCGGACUUGGACUGCGUCUUCCUAAACUCGGGCAUUCAGCGACGAUCUAUCUUUAGCGAGCCUGAAACGAUCGACAUCGAUCGCAUUCAGGAGGAACUUACGGUCAACUACACCGCCUAUCUUGCUCUGACGAAAGGAUUUCUCCCUUUCUUUCAAGCAAAAUCGGAUAUGCCUACAUCGUUUAUCUUUACAUCAUCAAACCUCGCCCUGGUCCCGAUACUUCGGUGCUCUAACUAUUGUGCUAGCAAGGCAGCCCUUCACCACUGGAUUCUUUGUUUAAGGGAGCAGCUGAAGGAAACUAAGGUCAAAGUGGUUGAGAUAUUUCCUCCUUUGGUGAAAACCGAGCUUCAUGACGCUAACCACCAACCCGACAUGACCAAAAACCGAACGGAGGGGAUUCCUGUGGACGAGUUCGCAGAUGAGACGAUGCAGAAGCUCAUCGCCGGCGACGACCAGAUCCCAGUCGGUUUUUCGAAAAUUGCAUUCAAUGGCUGGGAGCAGCAGCGGCAACAGGCAUUUAGGGGGGUUGUGGAGAUGAUGAGGAAUAGCGGUAAUUAA